CCUGUCUGCGUUUUGUUCUGAGGCCCAGUCAUAUAAACAGCCAGAAGGGAGUGGCAUCUCAGGAGUGGAAUUUCACUUCCUGUUUCCCUCAGGUCACCCCUUAAGGGUCAAUUGGGAGCGUUUGCGCUCCUGCUCUUGAUGUUAUCUCUCGACUCCUCUGGUGGCCAGGAGUCGGCUGAGGAUUGCUUGGCCAAAUUCAAGAGCGGCCGGGAGAAUUUUGUCCUCGAUACCGAUGAGUCGGUGAAAGACGGAGCGACGUUCAUCUCGUCGCCGAAGCUGGAGCAGUCCAGCGACUGCGUGAGGGCCUGCUGCGACGAUCCGCGGUGCAACCUCGCCUUCAUGGAGCGAAGGGCUGGGGGAGGCCUGAUCAACUCCUGCUUUCUCUUCGAUUGCCUGUACAAAAAGAAAUACGUCUGCCGCUUUGUUCGGAAGAAGGGAUACAUCAAUUAUAUCCUGGACUCCGUUUACGACAGUUAUCCUUACGUGGAUGUCCCCAAAGUUCCAGAUGAAUCAGACCGUCCACCAGUGGCCAAUGGAGGCCCGAACCGGGUGGUCCAACCUCAAGAGAGUGUGACACUGAACGGCAUAGAGAGCAAGGAUGACCAACGGAUAACGUCCUUUCAGUGGCAAAUGCUCACUGGAUAUCCUGAUGCUGUCAUUGAGACAACCCAAUUUGACGACCAGAUUAUCGUGUCCAAUCUGACAUCUGGGGUGUACAACUUCCAGCUGACCGUCACAGACACCAUCGGCCAAUCAGACUCAACCAAGGUCACCAUCCUGGUCCUUACUCCUGAGCAGUCUGAGCACCACUGUAUGGCUCCAAAGAAGGUUGGGCCAUGCCGCGGAGCUUUCCCUCGAUGGCAUUACAAUGCUGCCUCAGAGAAGUGCGAGGAGUUCAUGUUUGGAGGCUGCAGGGAGAAUCUCAACAACUAUUUGUCCAAGGAUGAGUGCAGCAAAGCCUGCUAUGGCUCAGAAAAAAGUAGUAUAACUGGAAGAGGUCUCCCAGUUACUACACCUCAAGGAGAAAAAUGUGGUGCUCCCUGCACCACAGAGCAGUUCACCUGUGCAAAUGGUUGCUGUUUGGAUCCGGGCCUGGAGUGUGACUCAUCCCCACAAUGCAGUGACGGCUCAGAUGAGCAGAAAUGCAAAGACUUGGACAAGAAGUUUCGGAUUCUGCUACAGAUUCCAUUGGAUGAACAAAAAGUGCGCUGCACAGAACCUCCCUACACGGGAAAAUGCAAGGAAAGUCUCACUAAGUGGUACUACAACCACAUCCAACAGGAAUGCCUCCGCUUCAACUACGGCGGCUGCGAGGGAAAUGAGAACAGAUUUGACACAGAGGAGUCUUGUAAGAAAGUCUGCCGUGGGGUAACAGAAAAGGACGUAUUUGCAAGAAAGGGGGAUCCUGACAUAAAAACUGGCAAUACAGGUUUGAUAGCAAUAGCUGCCCUCUUGGGUCUAGCUAUUGUCAUCCUCCUAGGCUUCCUGAUGUACUGCCUCAUGAAGGGAAAGAAGAGGUCUUCACAGCACCACCGUGUGCCCAUCAACACUGUCCCCGUCACCUCGAUGGAAGACAGAGAGCGUUUGGUCUACAACAGCACCACCAAGCCCAUCUGACCCCUCAGCCCUCACCUUUGACCCCCGUCCUGGUGGUGAAUGACGCUGGUUGCCAGAGCUCUGUCAUAUACUGAACAAACUCAGAUUGAUGAGAGAGGGGACAAUAUCCGUUGACUAAGUUUAAGUGCUCGAGGGGAUCUGUUUUUAUUUUGUCCAUAUAUGGAUGUGUUUUUGAGAGUAAUGUCUACAGAAAGCAGAAUGUCCUCAGUGAUUAAAUGUGAUGUCUAACGAUUUGACUUUUAGCUUUUAUUUAAUGCAUUGACCUGUUAAAAUGAGUUGUUGGAUAAUGGUUUGUACUCAGGUUAAAAGGGGAGGAUUUUCAUUAGUUUUGAGGUAAAUGACCACUGGAUAUCAUACCCGUUGUUCCCAUUGGAUCAGGACAAAUUCAUAAAUAUGCUUUUGAAUUCCGAUGUGCUUGCUUCCAUUACAUGAUCAUAGUCAGUGGUCAGACACUAGCUAUUUUUUUUAAAAUAAAGUCAAUUUUAAUGUCAGACCCUAAUUAGUCAGUAGAUCUUUGCUGUUCUGUACCUUCAAAGUAAGAGUCCAGAUUCUUUAGCUUUUUCUUAAAACUGAACUCUUUUAUGGAUAUGUCCUGUCACGCCAGCUACUUCACUCCGUUUGAUGUAUUUUUAUCCUGUUUUAUACAUCAUUGUUACAUACUACACUGGAUUACACAUAUAUGCAUUAUGUUGUAUAUAAUCUUAGAACUUUGAAAAAGUAAUAUUUUACUUGAAAAGAUUAUUUUGUCUGAUUUCUCAAAAGUACAAGAACAAGCAUAAUGCAUACAUUAAAUAAUGCUUGCUGAUACUGUACAAAGCAGCCUUACUGUUGAAUAUUCACCAUUUUUAACUUGUCAAAUGUUUGUACAUAAUUCCUGAUGUAGUUCUCUGCAACUUUAACAGUAUUGUGAUGUUUAUACUAAAUAAAUAUAUUUA